AUGACCAAUACCGAGAAUUUCAGUUCGGGUUUCGAUCAACCGCCAAGCUCACUCUAUGUCCCACAGGGAAACCCUCCUCCCCUGAAUCCAUUCACCAAACUGGUAGACGAUCUCAUCACAGAGAUUCUGCUUUGCCUCCCAAACCCUAGAUCCUCCUCUCGGUGCAAAGCCGUCUGCAAGAGGUGGAGAUCCCUCAUCUCGGAUCCCACCUUCAAUCCCCGCUUUAUUUCUCAUCACCAGAGCAGGUACCAACCAGCAUCUCUGUUUCUCCCCUCGCACAACCCCCAAUCGAUGCUCAGCUUUCUCCCUUUGCCCGAUAAAGCUCUACCGGCUUUGAGAGCCUUUGAUUGCUUCAAGGACUUGCUUCUAUGCGGGUUUGCCGACUUAUUCGGCGAAUUGGGCAGAUCCUACUUGCUUUGCAAUCCGUUUACCAAUCAAUGGGUUGCCCUCCCUCUGGCGCCUAAAAAGCCAGAAGGUGGGCAUAAUGGAUCUGCGGUAGUGUUAGUUUGUCAACCCCAUAGUGAAUAUAAUUUUGUGCAGCAGCCAGAACCAAAACCAGCCUUUGUUUAUUCUGAGUACCGUUUCCGCGUGGUGUGUCAUUUCCAAUGUUGCGAUGAUAUGAUGCUGCAUGUGUUCUGUUCCGAGUCUAGGAAAUGGACCAAGGUUGUCUUCAAGCAUGCCGUGAAGAGGCCGUGGAGCAAUGUAACCUGGUGGAAAGGGAGGAUGUAUUGGAUGCAUCUUCAAUACAUUUCCUUGUGCUCAAAGCUUGCUGCAUAUGAUCCUUUCCGCCUCGACAUCGCCCCUCAAUGUAUGCGUGUGCCUCCUAUAUUGUGGAGCGCAUUGUGCCAUGGAUGUGGGAAUUUUUCAGUAUCACAAGGUGCUUUUCACAUAGUUGUAUUAGAAGUUGAAAGUGUGGGUCAUUUCUCAAGGGAUGCCUUGACUGUUUGGAGACUUGAAGAAGAUACUGGGAACUGGAUCCUACAAUAUGAACUGGUGUUGAAGAAGACGACGACAUCAUCGUCGUUAUGGGGUGAAUUAUAUGAACUCGACAAUUGUUUCGUGCUCGAUUUGCAUCCGGAGAAGCCGGAAGUUGUCUUCUUUAAGUACUUGAAUGAGUGUGUGUUCUCCUGCAAUUUGAGGACUGGGACAGGAGAGCCAGAGUUCUUCUCUGCAGUAAAACUCAAAUGCUAUGAACCUGGUUGGAGGGCGUUGCAGCCCAGAGUCUCUUGCUGGCCCACUCCGAUUCCAAGGUACGAGGAGUUGCGAGGUAUGUACGAUGGAAGCUACGAUUGUUGGGUUCAGAGCAGCAGGACAACAACACUUGCCAGCAAAAGAGUGCAGCCCUUGGUUGAACAAUUUGGUCGUAAGAGGAAGGACGACGGAUCAGCAGCAGCAUUAAACUCCUCCAAGUGUUGCGUUCAAAGGAAGCAGAAGGUGGCGAGAGGCAGCAGCUUGUGCCCUUAG